AUGUCCUCCCGCUUCGUUUCCGGCGGCAAGAUUGACGCCGAGACGGGCGAGGUCGUCGCCCCAGACGCCAGCGACAAGAGCACAGCCCAGGAGACGCGCAGCAAAGGUAACGCCGAAUGGGAGGCUGUGCAGCGAGAGCUUGAUGCUGAGAGGCGGCGAAGGGAGGAGGCAAGGGCGAAAGCUGUCGAGGGCGGCGAGAAGAGCUUGUACGACGUGCUACAAGCGAAUAAAGCGGCCAAGGAAGCGGCGUUUGAGGAGGCAAACAAGAUUAGGAACCAGUUCCGCGCUUUGGAUGAUGAUGAGAUUGACUUUUUGGACGAGGUGAGGGAGAAGAAGAGGAUGGAGGAGGAGAGGGUCAGAGAGGAGACGACGGAAGGAUUGAAAGCUUUCCGUGAGAGACAGAAGGUGCAAGUUAAGACACCUGCCGAGGAGGAGUCUAAGCCAGAAGAGGAUGGAACCGACGAAUGGGCUGUGGGGAGGAAAAGGAAGAGAGAACGCGGUUCUGAGGUGAAGGGGCUGAUUAGGAGAAGGGUGAGCGAGGGUGGCAAGGGCGACAGCAAGACUGGCGAUGGAGGCAAACCCGACGAUUCUGCCACAGCAGCAGCCCAGCCAAGGACCACAACCACCACUACUAAGCCAACAAGUGCGAGUCCACCGCCGCCAAAAGUGGGACUGGUGGCAUAUGAUUCAGACGAUGAUGAGUGA